UCAGGAGAGUCGAAAAUGUUUAUUCUCUUAUUUAUCAAUCCCCUACAAAAUAGCCCUACCCUCCCACCUCCCUCUAACGCUAUACCAUUUCCACCACCCUCCUCCCCUGCACAUCUCACUUCUCUCCACUGAAUCCUUCCCUGGGAUUCAGCUGCUGGGAGCUGCUGAGGAGCCUCACGGUCCAUCCCUGGAUUCUCCAAGCACUGACUCCUCAUCCACUCUGACAACAACCAGGGGCCACAUCCCACUGCCUGCUCAGCGUCCAUCCAUGGAGGUGAGCACCGUGUCCCCACCUGCCAUCUCAACCACUCAAGGAGAUGAUCUGUGUGAGACAGAUGUCACCAGCAUGGCCAUACACAGUGUGACACUGCUCAUCUGCCUCUGUGGGCUGGCUGGGAAUGGGGAUGUCCUCUGCCUCCUCAGCCUGAAAAGAGGUAAUUAUUGCAUCUUUAACUUGGCUGUCAUUGAAUUCCUCUUACUUCUCCUCACUGUCUCCUCUGCCCUCCUCUUCCUGGUGGAGGACAUGUCCUGCUCUCCUACUGUGCCCUUGAUAUAUGUUUUCCUUUUCCAGCUCUCAGUCGUCUCCUACGACUGGGAGCUGUCUUGGCUGAUGUGCAGGAGCCCUGUCGUGUAUAUGGACAAGCUAUGCAAGCUCUGCUGCCUAUAUGACCUUCCUCUGUGCCUGUUUUGGGUGGUGGAAAGUGUCCAAUACUGGGCCUUCUUUGGUCUCUUUGCUGUCAUUCCCGCAGUGACAUUCCUAUGCCCAUCACACCAGCAGGGGCACUGCCAGACAGCUCUCGUCUCCAUGUAUGCCGUCAUCCUGCUCCUCUUUGCUGCACCCAUGGUCAUUUCCAGCACAAUCAAUUUUAUUAAGGCCAAGUGGGGCUCCCAGCAGCAGCAACCCAAGAGGCGCGACAUCAUUAUCUUCCUCACUGUGCUGUUAACUCUCCUUCUCAUUGUCUGGAAUUUCCUGCAGCAGCUUGGUUACAUCACUGCAUCCUCCCAGGCUGUUUUCCUGCUCACCUGCAUCACCAGCAGCAUAAAACCCUUCCUCAACUUCUUGGCGGGAAGGUGCUGGAGGCCCUGCUCCAUGGGGUCUCUCUGGCUCUCCCUCCAGAGGGUCUUUGAGGAGCCAAAAGAAAACACUGCCUACAGCAAUGAUCCUGCCAUGGACACAGAGGCCUGAGUCUGUUGAUUCAUCCCGCUGCACUGC